GGGUUAGAAUGCAGAGUUUCUUCAGUCUGUCUGGGGGAGUGGAGGUGAAGCUUGUUCUGCUGCUGAGUUGAACGGUCUGUGUGCAGGUCAGAGGGAGAUGGACAGCUGUGUGGCUCUCAUUCUUCUGUCCUCCACAAUCACACUCACGACAGCUGUCAGUGUGAGGUUGGUGGAUGGUGGAAGUCGCUGUGCUGGGAGAGUGGAGGUUAAUGAGAAAGGACAGUGGAAAGGAGUGUGUAGUUAUCAGUGGGGUAUGACUGAUGCUGCAGUGGUGUGUAGAGAGCUGGGCUGUAUGGACGCUCUACGCACUGUGAGUUUUGGAUCAGGAUCAGGAUCAGUGAUGAUGGGGUAUGCACACUGUAGAGGAUCAGAGUCUUCACUGAAGAACUGUUUCGUUUAUACAUCUUACCGUUACUGUAAUAUAGCAGAUGCUGGAGUCAACUGUUCAGGUGACAAACCCAGACUUACUGAUGGUCCCCACGAAUGUUCUGGACGACUAGAAGUACCAAAAAGGAAUGAAUGGGCCACAGUGUGUGAUGCUGACUUUGACCAGCAGGAUGCAGAGGUUGUGUGUCGAGAGCUGGGCUGUGGGCUUCCUGUGGAGGUGCUGGGAGCAGCUGCUUUUGGCAGAGGGGAGGGUCAGAUGUGGUCAGAGGAGUUUCAGUGUAAAGGGAAUGAAUCUCAGCUUUACUCCUGUAAAAAAAAAUCCACAAGCAAAAACAUCUGCACCCAUGACAACGAUGUGGGACUAACAUGUACCGGUCACACAGGGGCUCGGCUGGUGAACAGCUUGGACUCCUGUUCUGGUCGAGUGGAGCUCCAGUACCUCAGUGAGUGGGGCACAGUGUGUGAUGUAAGCUGGGAUAUGAGAGCUGCCAGUGUCCUCUGUGGUCAGCUGAAGUGUGGGAGUGCUGUGGCUGUGUUGGGGUCAGACUGGUUUGGGGAGGGGAGUGGCCAGAUCUGGGCUGAUGUGUUUGAUUGUCAGGGGAACGAAACCCACCUGUCAAAAUGUCCCAUUUCAUCAUGGAGUCGAACUGCAUGCUCUCAUAAACAGGAUGCCGGAGUCAUCUGUAAUGGUUCCUCUCUGGCAUUUCAUGAGGGGAGAGUGCGGUUGUCUGGAGGGAUGGAGUGUGAGGGGGAGGUGGAGGUGUACUUCAGGCAGGACUGGAGGAGAGUUCUGCUGGACUCCUGGAGUGAGUCUGAGGCCUCUGUGGUCUGCAGACAGCUGGGCUGUGGCUCUGUGUUCAGCUUCUCCAGCUCCUCUACAUCCAGUCCUGAACACAGACACAUGUGUGUGACGGGUUUCAAUUGUACUGGGAGUGAAGCUCAUCUGGGGAACUGCAGCAGCUCACAAGCAGUCAACUGCAGCUCGAGAGAACAGCUCUCAGUCACCUGCUCUGGUAAGUUUAAUUCAGCUCACAGCUCCAUCAGGCUGGUUGGUUCUGGGGGAGAUUGUGCAGGAAGGCUGGAGGUUUUCCACAAUGGCUCAUGGGGGACAGUGAGUGAUGACCUGUGGGAUAUUAAGGAUGCUCAGGUAGUCUGCAGACAGCUGCAGUGUGGAGUGGCCCUCAGUGCUCCAGUACCAGCCCGGUUUGGACCUGGAACUGGAUCCACAUGGCUGGUGGAGUGUGAGGGGAACGAGACGUCCCUGUUGAACUGCAGAUUUCAGCUGUGUGGAAAGGAUGAUUGUGAACACAGGGAGGAUGUCGGAGUCGUGUGUUCAGAGUUUAAAGAGAUCAGACUCACCGAGGGCUGUGAGGGGAAUCUGGAAGUGUUCUACAAUGGAACCUGGGGUAAUGUGUGUGAAAAUGGAAUAGAUGAAGAAACAGCAAGUUUGAUCUGUCAGGAGCUGAACUGUGGAAGAUCUGGCAGUGAGAAUCGAGAUGAAGCAAGAGUGAAAUCAGCUCCUAACUGGCUGGAUGAUCUGAAAUGUAGGAAACAUGACUCCACUCUGUGGCAAUGUCCAUCUUCACCCUGGGGAAAUUAUAAGUGCAACGAGGUGGCUCAAAUUACCUGUUCAAAUAAGAAAUAUCAUCUUGUGCAGCGAAGUCAUCUGAAAUGCUCCUCAUCAUCUCCCCAUCAGAGGCAGUGCUCAAAUCACCUGCCUCUCAGGCUGAGGGGAGGAAAUAGAAGCUGCUCUGGGAGGCUGGAGGUGUAUCAUAACGCUAAGUGGGGCUCUGUUUGUGAUGAUCUGUGGAACAUCAGGGAUGCUCAGGUGGUCUGCAGGCAGUUGGGCUGUGGGCUGGCACUGAGUGCUGAUGGGAGUGCUGUCUUUGGUGCUGGUGAAGGGCCUAUCUGGCUGAACAGAGUGAAGUGUAGAGGGAAUGAAAUUCACCUGUGGGACUGUCCUCAUUCCCUGAAGAAGCACACUGACUGUUCCCACAAGCAGGAUGCUGGAGUCACCUGUAAAGAUAUAUCAGUGCUUUCUACUACUACACCCAUAACAACAACCAUCACCUUCACUACUACAGUUGGUCAGGCAGUGAAGAGAACAAUAACUCCUCCACAAACUCUUCCAACUGCUGUUCCGCCCAUCUAUCCAGUGUCCCUCCUGGUUCUGGGAGUGGUGCUCUUCCUGGCCUUAGUGCUUCUGGUUGUGCUGUUUUACCAGAACAGAGUGCUCAGGAGAGUGCUCUCUAAGAGGAGGCGUAAGACUCUGACUGAGGCAGUCUAUGAGGAGAUCGACCGCAGAUACAUCACUAAAAGAAAUGACUCGACUCAAAGGGGAAGUAUCCUCUCUGAAGAACAGCAUUCAGGAUAUGAGAAUGUGGGUGAGGAGCUUCUCUCAGCAAAGUCUCUGACUGGAGUGAAGGCAGAACAUUAUGAUGAUGUCACCAGCAGUGGUCUGAUAAGUGAAACAGCAAAAGAGGACACAGUAGAGAGCUAUGAUGAUGUCAUCACUGCUGGACAGAUCUCUGAUAGUGUAGCAGAGGACGUAGCAGAGAAUUAUAAUGAUGUCAUCACUGCUGAUCAGAGCUCAGCUGUUCUAACAGAAGACAUGACAGAUAUCUAUGAUGAUGCUGUUACCGCUGGACCAAACUCCAACAUUAUGAGAAUGGACACACCAGAGAACUAUGAUGAUGUCAUCACUACUAGACAGGAUGUUGGAGAGGUAAAAGACUAUGAUGACGUGGAGGAGGAGCCUCAGACAGAGAUGAAUCAAGUGACUGAGAGCUCACAGCCAGUGUCUCUCCUCAGGAAAUUACAUUCCAACCUUUUCAAAUGCAAGAAACUUUAAGAUUUUAUUAGAGAUCACCUUUUUAUGGAGCAUAAAUGGGAUAUGCUGAGGUUAAACACCCCCACAUUUACUUUUUUUAUAUUUUUUUUGAGUUCAACCAACCUUAGUCAGCUAGAAACAUUUACUGACACUCAUCUCAUUAAUUCAUCUAAAUCUUACUUCGAUCUUUUGAUUCUAUUUAUUUUUUUAUCUUCAUGAAAACAUUCUGUGUCUGAUGUGAUAAAGGUAGUUAAAAGGUUUUUAAAGAAAUUUUCCAUUUGUUGCCAAAAACAUGAAUUUUUUACUACAGUUUAACAAUAUGAUUAUUUUUGGUUGAAGGUCAGAAAUUAAAGAGAAAUUAAUCAAUUGUAAAUGACAUAUGACAGCUUUCUGUUUUCAGUGUUGGCAUUUAAAAUCAGGCAGCCCCUUAUAACUGUUUAUAGAGCAGUUAUAACACAUUUUUGAUUUUCCACUGUGCUGUAAAAAAUGGUGUGUCAGUUCAUUUACUUCAUAUGAUAAGCUCUGAGUUCACUGGGUUUUUUUCAACUCAAAUAAAUACUCUGAAUGAAACAAUGCAAAGCAAAAUUUUAAUUUAGAUAAACAAUAUUUUACAUCAAUUCAAACCUCAAAAACAUGCUUCCACGUUUUACAGUGUGCAUAAUAAGAAAAAGAUUUAUGACCUUCUCUAAUGUUAUUUACAAGCCUAUGAUGAUUGUGUGAUUAUUAUGCUGAUAAUUUGAGAUUAAAUCCACACAGGCAUAAUAAUGACUGCAUGUUGAAUUCUGUAUCUGGAAUUUCUUAUGAUUUAAGUGUGUAAUGUACUGAAUCUAUUUCUGUACUCCUCUCUUCUCUUUGUUGAUCAUUACACAUUUUAAAGUUA